AGUGGAGUCCUGCACAACAAACCAGUAAUCGGAAUGUUUUCCCGCGUUGCAAGAUCACCUGCAAGCAUCGCUCGAAGCUUUUGCACUUCUUCCCAGAACAAUGCCAAGGUGGCAGUGUUGGAUGCGUCCAGGGGCAUCGGCCAGCCCCUGUCACUGCUCCUGAAGAAGAGUCCCCUGGUUGUCGACUCUCCCUUGUAUGAUAUUGUCCAUACCCUCGGUGUUGCUGCUGACCUUAGCCACAUUGAGACCAGGGCCCAGGUCACUGGCUAUGUCGGACCAGAGCAACUCCCAGAAGCUCUGAAGGGGAGUGAGGUUGUCCUCAUUCCCGCUGUAGUGCCCAGGAAGCCCGGGAUGACACGAGAUGAUCUAUUUGACAUCAACGCCUCCAUCGUGGCCACCCUGGCUGACGCCUGUGCCCGCAACUGCCCUGACGCAAUGUUGUGCAUAAUCACCAACCCAGUAAACUUCACUGUUCUCAUAGUUCCGGGCAUCCUUAAAAAGCAUGGAGUUUACAACCCUAAGCGGCUGUUUGGUAUGACAACUUUGGACAUCGUCAGGGCUAACACCUUUGUGGCAGAACUCACAGGACUGGAUCCGUCACACGUCAAUGUUCCCGUAGUUGGUGGCCAUGCGGGCAAGACUAUCAUUCCUCUGUUAUCUCAUUGCACUCCCAAAGCGGAGUUCACCGAGGAUACGCUUGCUGCCUUGACGCACUCAAUCCAAGAGGCAGGUACUGAGGUCGUGAAGGCUAAGGCUGGGGCAGGCUCUGCCACCCUCUCCAUGGCGUAUGCAGGGGCUAUGUUCGCCUUGUCCCUGCUGGAUGCCAUGAAUGGCAAAGAGGGGUUCAAGGAAUGUGCAUUCGUCAGGUCAGAGGAAGGCAAAUGCACAUAUUUCUCCACCCCUCUCCUCCUCGGCACCAACGGAGUGAAGAGGAAGCAGGGCCUUGGAAAGCUCUCUGCAUUUGAGGAAAAACUUGUGGCGGAAGCACUGAAUGAACUAAAGGCCUCCAUCAGGAAGGGGGAGGACUUUGUCAGAGAAACAGCAGCUCAAGGAGAAGCACAGUAA